UCCUUUAUUUUUAAAGCCUCUUUCUGGUUUUGUUCUUAUUAUUUUAGGUUCCUGGCAACUUGGUUGGGUUCUUUGUGAUAUUUGGAUUUCUUUGGAUGUUCUCCUGUGUACCGCUUCCAUAUUAAGUUUAUGUGCCAUCAGUGUGGACAGAUAUUUAGCUGUAACCCAACCUUUAACUUAUUCACGUAAACGACGUUCGAAACGUUUGGCUCUCAUCAUGAUACUCAUAGUUUGGGUUUUAGCAUUGGCUAUCACCUGUCCACCCAUAUUGGGCUGGUACGAACCAGGACGUAGAGAUUUAAAUGAAUGUCGUUACAAUCAGAACGAAGGUUAUGUGAUAUUUUCAGCAAUGGGCUCCUUCUUCAUACCAAUGGCCGUUAUGAUUUAUGUCUAUGCAAGAAUUUCCUGUGUUAUAGCAAAUAGACAUGAUAUGACCGAUAUAAGUGUCCAUAAUAAGAAAUUCAAACGCUAUACAGCAGCAGAUAUUGACAAUGAAUUGGAUCCGGAUUUAUCAGAAUUCGAUUUAAGCUCUGGACAAAAGAAACAACAAGCCGCCAGAACGUUGUCAAAUCAAACACUGGCCAAAGAUUUACAAGAAAUUAUGGCUUCCGACAAUGAAAUUGCCAAUACGACACAAUGUCAUUCAUUGCUAGUAUUGCAACAGCAAGCAGCCACCUCACCAACUGGCAAAAAUGGUUGUUACGAGAUGAAGAGACCAGCCUCGUUGAAGCGAACACCCACUGCCUCAUCAGCCAUAACUACAAUGACGAGUACAACAGCAUGCACGGGUACAGCAGCUACUGCAACAGCAUCAGUGGGUAUGGGUAUGGAAAAUCCCUGGACAUUUACACCCAACGUACAUCAGCAGCAGCAUUAUCAACAGCAUGCACAUCCCAACAAACACAUGCGUACGCACAGUAUGCGUCAUCAGCAUUAUUUAAAUACAGCUGCAGCCAAUAUCACUUCCACCUCACCCGGCAAUACUUUAACACCCGACUCCAUAGUUACUGGUAGUGGUUCGUCCAUACUAAGACCACACACUCCCCAGCUGCGUUCACAUCAUCACCAGCACUCACAUCACUACACAACCAAAUCAUUGUCAAAUCGUAUUUCAUCGUUGAAAAAAGAAACCAAGACCACACAGACUCUGAGUAUUGUUGUGGGUGGUUUCAUUGCCUGUUGGUUACCAUUUUUUAUCAACUAUUUAAUUACACCAUUCCUGGAUGAGGAUCAGGUUAGCAGUACAUUGGCCAAGGUGCUAACAUGGCUCGGCUGGUUCAAUAGUGCCAUUAAUCCCUUCAUUUAUGCAUUCUAUAGUGUUGACUUUCGGGCGGCAUUUUGGCGUUUAACGUGUAAACGUUUCUUUUCGGCCUCAUCAAAACCACAAUUUCCCACAAAUACCAUGUCCAUACGACGAUAGUUAAAAAUGAAUAAUAUUAAUAAUAAAAAUACAAAAACAACGUAUAGAAUAGAACAAUACGAUUAAGACACUAGUUAUUUAAGGAUUUAAGUUUUAAACGAAAAAAAAGCAAAGUACUUAUAAAUUAAAUUAAUAACAAUAAAACAAAAUUAUAAAAAUUAGCAAAUGGAAUAGAAAAGACGAGAUUUUAAGAAGAAAACAAACAGUAAUCAUUUGUGUUUUAAUUGUCUUUAAGUAUUUUAGCAUUAACUAAUACUUUCUCUACAAGUUGAUCAGAAUGGAUAGCUUGGAAGAAAUAAGCCAGAAAGUAUAAUCAGAAAUGAUUUUCUAUGUUAUGUGUUGUGUAUACAUAUCAUAUCAAAUUGUCCUUUGUUGAUCCUCAUCCAUAUAGGUACGUUUAAUUUCGUUUUCUCUUACAAAGUUCGCUUAUGUCUGUGAAUGUCUGUCCGUCUGUCUGUAUUGAAAUCAGUUUACUAACCCAAGUCUUCAACAAUUAAAAAUCAUCGAUAGAAAAUUGUGUGUUCGGGAAUGAAAUAGGGAUGGGAAAUAAUUUAAAAAAAUUAUUUAAAAAUUUUCAAAUUUUAAAAAGUACUAUUUUUGUCACUUUUUGGUACUUUUUGAUUUUUCUAUAAUAUUGAACCUACAAACUAGAAAUUAAGCAUUCAGAGUCCGGAGUAAAUGAAAACCUAUGAAAGGGGAAUACUUGGUAUCUUGGGACUACUAAAGGUACUUUUGAAGAAAAAUAUAAUGCAACAUUCAGAGUACUUCUGUAUGAAAAUCUGUAGGAAAGUAUUUGUGUACUUUUUCACUCUUCAAUAGGUACUUUACGGUUUUUAUGCAAUAUUAGAACUAGAAAUAUAUAAUUGAAAUCUACAAGAAAGAAUUUUUUAGUACUUUUUGUUCAUAAAUUGGUACUGUUUAUAAUCUACCUACUAUAGUGUUGUUGGAUGCCUUUUUGCU